AAUCAAAGGAUGAGAGUUUAAGCUUCCUUUUGCCGGAUAUUUGUUUUUUUGCGACUUUAAUAUUCAUUUGAAGUGUGAAAGGAACAGUUAAGUUAAAAAAUGUCCAACAUGACGACCCUUUUAGCUGCGAAUUCUACAACAACUUCUUUUGGAGGGGUUAAAACAUUAGUUGAUGGUUAUGAUAUACCCGUGUAUGGAAUUAAAGAGGGAACAUUUUAUAACAUUCACGUGCCAGCGCUGAUAUGUAUUUGCUUAAGUUUUAUAUGCGCAUUAACAAUAAUAGGAUAUUCUUUCUAUCAUCAACAUUUUUCAACUUUUUUCCAGUGGACAAAAAGCGAGAGAUUUGUAGUAUACAUGGCACUAUGUGACGCCCUUUUUAACGCUGCGCAUUUUACCGACCAUAUGCACAUUGCUGUUACAAAAACAUUACCAAGACCAAAAUCGCUUUGUGCAUUUUAUGGAUUUAUGCUGGCUGAGUUCAUAACAGCACAAAAUUUGAUGGUGAAUAUUGUCGCCAUUAAUGUAUUCAUUUUAGUAUUCUACCGUAAGCACUUAAAUUUCGGAAAAUGCGACUACCGACUGUUGGUCUACAUCUUCGGUGCUCCAGCUUUAGGUGGACUCAUUGCAGGUUCCCUUGGACAACUUGGACCUAAUGGAUCAUUCUGUUAUUUUGAUGGAAUUAAAGGAAAAUGGACGGGUGUUUUCUUCACAACAGUACCUCUUUUGAUGGUUGUUGUCAUAAACACGAUUCUUUACAUUUUAAGUUGGUUAAGGAUCUAUAAAGAAGCCAAAGAAAUUAAAGAUUCACUCGGAAAGUCCUCUAGAGUUUUAAGAGCUUCACAUAAAGCUGCAAAAACAAUGUCAUUAUUUGUCGCAGCAUUCUUCGUUCAAUGGUGGGCAAUGGCGUUAUAUGGUAUUUGGCAGUUGGUUGCUGAUGUUCCAUUUCUUUUAUUCAAUUUUGUGACAACAUUUUCCAACGUAGGUGGUAUUUUGAAUGGAAUAGUGUUUAUCAUCAUAAUGCGCAGAAAACGCGAGAAGGUAGAAUCAAGUACUAAAGCCUCCGACGACAAGGUGGGAUCUGGACAUACCGCAUCUACACCUAUCCACUCAACCGUACAUUCCAACAGUCAUUUUGCAAAUGUUGUUUAAAGAAUUAACGACACGGAAUAUAUUUUACUUUUGUUUGAUACUAUCAUUCCAAUAUACUGGAAUUUGUUUUUGUCAUGUAAAAUUAUGAGUGCUUAUAAUUCUAACAUUGUUAUUUUAACUUUGAUUUAAGGUGUGCACAUUUACCUUUGUCUGAUAUGAAAGACAUAUUACAUUUUGAACAUGUAACGAUAUCUUAUACAAAGGCGUAUACAUAUACGCAAGAAAAUUGGAGAAAUUAGUAUUGGAACAUUUCAAAUGCACGAAUUGAGAAUGAUCAAUUGUGUAUCAUCACCUACUCUCGGCCUGGUUCUCUGUUCAUUGUCUAAGAAAAACUACUUUACUAUUCAAAUACCAACAUGUGGGUUCCCAGGUAGCUAUACGCUGGUAUUUGUACAGUAAUGGUGUUUUUUCUUAGACAAUGAACAGAGAUCCAAGCCAAGGGUAUCUUUAUACGAUGGUUAUGAUACACAGUGUUUAUAUCCUUUCAAGCAUGUACCCCCGUCGAGUUGCCCUUAUGUAAAUGUCAGCUUAUAUCGAAUUCAAAACUCAGUUUACAAGAGCUUUCAAAAGUAUAAAUUCAAAGAAGGAUUAAUAAAUCCAUGGAAAAUCAUAAAAAAGAAUAAAAACAAACCGCAAAUGACUAAAUCUAAAGACAACGAAAAACAAACUCAUCAAGUUAAAUACAGGUUUCCCUUCAAGGUCAGAUUCGUCACGAGGGUUUUCAUAAAAAAAAAAUGGUGAUUGUAUAUCAUAUAUAUAAGCACUUAUCCUCUAUCAAGGAUAUCAAAUGCGUUAUAAAAUUAUGUUUAAUACAGUCACUGACUUAUAAAGCUAUAAACCACAAUAACCGAUGACAUUGGUAUACAGUUCACACUUCCGCGAGUUGGUCACGAAUAUAAACUAGUUUCACUUCAAAAAAUAUUAAAAAGAUUGUAUUAUGGUUUUUAUUUG